UGAGGCUUCAUGCCGCACCUCCAGAGCGCAGAGGGUCUGCUGCAAUCUGCAGAGUAGUGUGGUUUGUGGGAAUCUGCAUCCAGUGCUUCGUUUAAUGCAACUUCCUCUGUGCUAUUAUUUUUUUCGGAAGUCUCAAGAAUACAGAUUUGUAAAUUAAUUCAAAAAUGGCAUCUUUGCUGGGAUUCCUGACCGUGUCGAUUGUGAAGUAUGUUAUGGUCGACGCAGGCAUCAGGGAUGGUAUCACUGCUGACUUUUCUGUGAAAAUGUACCAUUAUUUGCGGUCACUGGAAAAAGAUGGAAACAUUUUUUACUCCCCGUUUAGUAUUGCUAAUGCCUUAGGAAUGGUUGAGCUUGGUGCUGGGAGUACAACUCUUGAGCAAAUUCAACACGUCAUGGGCUACCAUUACUUGCAAAAAGGUGCGGAAUUUGACUUGUUGCGGGAUCUGUCUCAGUCCAUGAAAGCAGACAGCCAGCAGUAUGUAAUGAAGCUUGUCAACUCGUUGUUUGUGGAGAAAGGAUUCCAACUGAGUGACCAGUUCCUUCAAAUGCUUAAAAAAUAUUUUGGUGCCAGUGUUGAAAGUAUUGACUUCAGCCAACCUUCUUUUGUGGCUGACCACAUCAAUGAGUGGGUGCAGAAUCAAACAAAUAAUAAGAUACCAAAUCUUUUAUCGCCAAAGGACUUGGAUGCUUUAACUCGUCUAGUUCUUGUUAAUGCAAUUUACUUUAAAGGAAACUGGAAGUCUGAAUUCAGAGGAGAGAAUACGCGCACAUUUCAGUUUACCAAAGAUGAUGAAAGCGAAAUCCAGAUAGCUAUGAUGUACCAACAAGGCGAUUUCAAUUAUGGUGAAUUCAGUGAUGGCUCAAAUGAGGCAGGAGGAGUGUACCAAGUUUUAGAAAUGCCUUACAUUGGUGACGAGAUGAGUAUGAUGAUUGUUCUUCCAAGACAAGAAGUACAGCUGGCUACCUUGGAACCACUUAUCAAAACCCAACUAAUUAACGAAUGGGCAAGCUCAGUAAAGAAGCAGAAGGUUGAAGUAUAUUUGCCAAGAUUCAAAAUGACACAGAAUAUUGAUUUGAAGGAAGUUCUCGCAGGCCUGGGGAUCUCUGAAAUGUUUGGUGUUGAGGCUGACCUCUCAGCAAUGACUGAAAAGAAGGACUUGCAUAUUUCCAAAGCUAUUCAUACAUCUUUUAUUGAGGUGACUGAAGAAGGUUCCGAAGCAGCUGCAGCCUCAGAAAUGAUUGCUGUUAGCAGAAUGAUGGUCCUUACUCCUCAGAUCAUUGCUGAUCAUCCAUUUUUCUUUCUGAUCAGAAAUCAAAGGACAGGUACUAUCCUCUUUAUGGGCAGAGUCAUGCACCCUGAAAAUAUUCAUCCAAAUGAACAUGAUUUUGAAGCUUUGUAGAUGCACAGUUCUGCACUGAUGAAAUGUCCCAUUUAGCAGCUUUUCAUUCAUAAGUGGUGUGUAUUGCACUUCUACAGUCUGGAAAUUUUUGUCAUAAGUAGCUAAAGUAAAAGAAUAGAGAAAAUUUGUAGAAAAAGACUGUAUUACUAUUAUUGUACUGUCAGUUUCAUCUCUUAAAUAAAAUACAUGAACAUUGUUCCAUAUUUAUUCUAAACUAUUUAAUUAUGAAGCCUUUGGUAAUACCCUUAAGAAUGCUACAAUGGUAGUUUUAAAAAUAAAGUGAAAAUUAUGUGCCAA